AGUGGGCGGUUCGGCUGCUCCGGGCGCUGUUGUUGGGGCCUCUGGAGGGGCGUUCUCCGGACGGCCGCCGCUGUAGGCCGUGGUGACAGGGCCGUUGGCCUCGGCGCACCCUGCUCCUGCCGGUGCCGCGUCCGCUCCCUCGCGCCCUCCCUUCCCGUCCUGCAGGCCCAACAUGGCGCAGGAGGUGUCGGAGUACCUGAGCCAGAACCCGCGGGCGGCCGCCUGGGUGGAGGCCCUGCGCUGCGAGGGCGAGACGGACAAACACUGGCGCCACCGCCGCGAGUUUCUGCUCCGCAACGCCGGAGACCUGGCCCCCGCCGGCGGCGCGGGCCCUGGGGCUGACGAGGCGGCGGACGCCGAGGGCGGGACCCGCCAGCGGCAGCUGCAGCAGCUCAUCUCGUUUUCCAUGGCCUGGGCAAACCAUGUCUUCCUCGGGUGCCGGUAUCCUCAAAAAGUUAUGGAUAAAAUUCUUAGUAUGGCUGAAGGCAUCAAAGUGACAGAUGCUCCAAUCCAUACAACAAGAGACGAACUGGUUGCCAAGGUGAAGAAAAGAGGGAUAUCGAGUAGCAAUGAAGGGGUAGAGGAGCCAUCCAAAAAACGAGUCAUAGAAGGAAAAAGUAAUUCCGCAGCUGAGCGAGAUCAUGGAAAAGUUUCUGCCAAAACAGAACGUUCAUCAGCUCAGCAGGAAAACAGUUCAAGUCCGGGUUCAUCUGCCAAAUCAGAGAGUAGUGGAAGUUCAGCUUGGAGCUCUGCCACCUCCAGUCAGCGGAGCUCUACGAAUGAUGGAGAUCGAGAUCGCUCUGUUGCCAGCAAAAGUGGGAGCAACAUUUCCUCUCAGGUAACAGCAGCAGGUUCUGGAAAAGCUUCUGGUUCCGGAAAAGCUGAACCAGAAGCUCUAGAUAAACACAGUUCAGCAUCAUUUGUUUCUUCGUUGUUGAAAUCCAGUGUGAAUAGUCACGGGACCCAGUCAUCUGAUUCCAGACAGCAAAGUGGAUCACCUAAAAAAAGUGCUUUGGAAGGCUCAUCACUCUCGGUCUCUCAGAGCAGCGCAGAGAUUGAGGUGCCCCUUUUGGGUUCCUCUGGAAGUUCAGAAGUAGAAUUGCCGUUAUUGUCUUCUAAACCUAGUUCAGAGACAGUGUCAAGUGGGUUAACUUCCAAAACUAGUUCAGAGGCAAGUGUUUCAUUAUCAGUUUCUAAAAACAGUUCCUCAACAGGUACAUCAUUACUAACUCCCAAGAGCAGCUCAACAAAUCCAUCACUGCUAACCUCUAAAAGCACUUCCCAGGUAGCUGCAUCACUGUUAGCUUCCAAAAGCAGCUCCCAGACCAGUGGAUCUCUGAUUUCCAAAAGCACUUCCUUAGCAAGUGUGUCCCAGCUAGCCUCUAAGAGCAGUACUCAGAGUAGCAGCUCACAAUUGCCUUCUAAAAGUACUUCACAGUUAAGUGAGAGUUCAGUCAAAUUCACUUGUUGCAAGUUAACCAAUGAAGAUGUCAAACAGAAGCAGCCCUUUUUCAAUAGACUGUAUAAAACAGUUGCUUGGAAGUUAGUAGCAGUUGGUGGCUUUAGUCCCAAUGUGAACCAUGGAGAGCUCCUAAAUGCAGCUAUUGAGGCCCUGAAAGCAACACUGGAUGUCUUUUUUGUCCCAUUAAAAGAACUGGCAGAUCUGCCUCAAAAUAAGAGCUCGCAAGAAAGUAUUGUUUGUGAAUUAAGAUGUAAGUCUGUGUAUUUGGGCACUGGCUGUGGAAAAAGCAAAGAAAAUGCAAAAGCAGUGGCAUCAAGAGAAGCACUGAAGUUAUUUCUCAAGAAAAAGGUGGUGGUAAAAAUAUGUAAAAGGAAAUACAGAGGCAGUGAAAUAGAAGAUCUAGUACUCCUUGAUGAAGAAUCAAGACCUAUUAACUUACCUCCAGCAUUAAAACAUCCUCAAGAAUUAGUAUAAUAUGUCCAAAAUGUCACUGCUUACAGUAUCUGGUAUUUGAAGAGAAAAACUGGCUUACUUUUGUACAAUAUAAAACACAGGCUUUCACAAAUUUUGUAUUGCUUUUUUCCAGUUUUGCAGAAAAUUUACAUUCUAGUUGUCUUCACAAAAGUAGAAAUUGUAAAUAAUUUGUGAAUGACAGUAUACAUUAAAAGGUAUGUAUUAACAGCAUACCAGUAUGUUGUUUUGUUUGCUGAAGAAAAUACUGUCUUCUAUUUUUAAUGACACAUUAGGUACGAUAUAUAGUUCUGUAGAAUCUUAAAAUUUUUGUAAUACUUUCAAUUUGGUGAAAAUGUAUUAAGUUGUCUACUACGCUUUUUUUCUAGCUGAAUAAACCACAUCAAAGAAAAGGGGACCACAGUAUUUGAAUGUCUGAAAGUCUGUACAACUUGAUUUUAAGAAUGUUGCCCAUAAUGUUGAACAUGUCUGUUAAAUAAAAGAAAAAUAGUUGCAUCAGACUAUUUUUAUGAGAAGUUGUAAGCAUUUUUAAGAUAGAAAGCAGUGUAAAGUACUUGUUAUUUUAUUCUGAAGUUUAAAAUUCACCAUGAUUUUCAUGCUGAUUCUUUAAGCUGAUUAAUUUAUGUUUUGAGGUAAAAAUUCAAUUUACACUUUUUCUUAAUGACAUAAAUGUGGGUUUCUAUAUUAAGCAUAUUUUGUGACUACUGUUAACAGAUUGAUUUGUUUAGAUAUUAAAUGCUUUAAGCUAUUUUACCUUUCAAGAAGUUGUGUUUUUUUUUACUCCCUAAGUCAGAUCCAAUUCUUGAAAAUUGGCUACCAACCACUAGUCAAAGCAGAUUGCAACCAAGUAAGUUUUAUUUUUUAUGGAUAGGGAAGUAACAGUUCUGAAAUCUAGAAUGAGGUGGUUUUUGUGACUCAAAUCCUGAGAAUAAUACUGAGAAAGCUAUUGAGAGCCAUGUUCAGUUCCUUAGUGGAUUGAAUUUAAUUAUAUCUGUUAGUAAUGAAGUGGAAUUUUGUUUGUCCUAGGAGAUUCUGACUAAUUAUUUUAGUAUUCUGUUUUCAAACCCUGGCUUACGAUAUUUGGGUAUAUUUGUGGCCUUUGGCUUUCUAGAUAAGUGUUAGUAGAUGCUAUAUACUGAACAAUAAUGGUGGUGAUGUACCAAAAAAAGAACCUUUAUGGGCCAGUUGUAUUAGCAUCAUAAGUAACACAAUUUAUGUAAAGUGUAUGGAAGUUAUUUCUAUUCUAGGAAUAAUCGAUGAGAAUGUUUUGGUUCUAAGGAUAUUUUAUUGUGUACCAGAGCUAAAAAAAUCCAUAUUCUGUAAAUGUAUUCUGAUGUAUUAUAGGGAGCAAUAACAUGAAUAUAUUACAAAGCACUUUUAAUUCCCUUGUCUUGGGAUAUGUAUUUUGUGAGACAAUACUUAUUAGAAAAGUGGGCCAAAGUACUAGAAUAAAUAAGUUUUUGAAAUAAAUCUUA